AUGAUGGCAGUUGCCUUCGUGCUGUGCAACAUGGACAAGGUCAACAUGUCAGUCGCAGUGAUUCCCAUGGCCCGCGACCUCGGGUGGAGCGCCACGGACCGCGGGCUGGUGUCGAGCAGCUUCUUCUGGGGCUACUCGCUGACUCAGGUCCCUGCGGGCUGGAUAUCAACCAGGAUCGGCGGCGCCAAGGUGCUCAUGGCGGGCGUCGCGCUGUGGUCCUUUGGCACGCUCAUCGCGCCGCCCGCGGCCCACCUGGGCCUGUGGGCGCUCUGCGCGUCGCGAGUGCUGGUCGGCCUGGGCGAGGGCUUCGCGCCCAGCGCGGCCACCAGCGUGCUGGCCAGGCAGGUCCCCUCGACCGAGCGGUCGCGCGCCGUGACCACUGUCUGGGGCGGCCUGGACGUCGGCAGCGCGGUCGGGCUGCUGCUGUCGGGGCCCCUGAUCCGGUUGUACGGGUGGCCGAGCGUGUUCUACCUGUUUGCCGUGCUGGGCGGCGUCUGGUGCCUGUUCUGGCCUAUGUUCCAGCCAGAGCUGGAGGACCCGGCUGUCAAGCUCGAGCAGCUGGCGACGCGGCCCAACGGUCGCGUGCGCGUGCCGCGGGCGCCGGUUGGCGCGGAUGCGGGCAGCAGCGCGGGCGCAGCGGAGGCGAUCAUGGACGCCAGGAACGUGGCGGACAGCGUGGACGAGUUUUUGGAUGAGAACCUUCGCUCGAGUCCGUACAGUCGGCAAGCUGAGACCAGAAGCAGCAGUCAGCAGCAGCCAGGCAUCAGCCAGCAGCAGCAGCAGCAGCAGAAAUUGCAGCGGCAGCAGCAGGAAGCGCAGCGGCGGGAAACAGAGCAGCGGGAAAAGAAGGCGGGUCCGGAGGCUGUCCCAUGGGGCGCGUUCAUGACGUCAGCGCCGGUCUGGGCUGUCACGGUGGCGCACUUCUGCUUCAACUGGGGCUACUACACCCUCCUGGCGUGGCUGCCCUCAUAUUUUGAGCUGGCCCUGGGGCUGAACGUGCAGGAGUCCUCCUUCCUGACUCUCAUCCCGUACGUCGCCAUGGUCGCGAUGACGCCUGUGGUGGGGCCGGUGGCCGACGGCCUCAUCAAGCGCGGCUGGGACCUGACGUCGGUGCGCAAGCUCGCCCAGGGCCUGGCGUUUGUGGGCCCGGCCGUGUGCAUGGUCGCCUGCGCGGCGCUGACGCCGGCGGCGCCCCUGGCGGUCGGCAGCGCGCAGACGGCGCUGCUGGUGGGGCUGCUGUCGCUGGGCUUUGCGCUGGGCGCGUGGAGCCGCGCGGGGCUCUACUGCAACCACCAGGACCUGUCCCCAAAGUACGCGAGCGCCCUGCUGGGCAUCACCAACACCGCGGGCGCGCUGCCCGGCGUCCUGGGCGUCACCAGCGCGGGUUACCUCCUCGACGCCACCGGCAGCUGGGCCCUCGCCCUUUUUUUCCCCACCGCCGCCUGCCAGCUGUUCGGCGCCGUGUUUUACAGCAUCUUUGCAAGCAGCGAGCGCCAGCCCUGGAGCUGA